AUGUUCGUCGAUGCAGAAUAUGUCAAGUCUGCAUUUGCGGGUGAACCCGUUUACUUCGGCAUGAAUCUAGUCGCUCCAGCUCCAGCUCCAGCUCAGUUUGGUCUUGAGUACUUCGGACCUCCAACCGUUGGUCCUAGCCCUGUUGCUUACGGCCCUUACAGGCCGCCGCCAGUUUACCCUGCUUUGUUAAAUCCUCCUCCACCGGGUCCUCCACCGGGUCCUCCCCCGUAUGACCAACCAAUGAUGGGUACUUUGUUUCCUCACUCUCAGUUCCUUGACCCGCCUCCUGUGAACCCUGGUUGCAACCACCCGAAUUUUUGCAUGGCAGCCUCCUAUCCCGGCGAACCUGUUGAGACCCCCGGGAACAAAUCUCGUGAGUGUCUUGUUGCUUAUCGCAAAUUCAUGAACUGGAUCCACACUGUCUACUAUUCAUCGAAGUCACCUGAGGCAUUUGUGCAAGCUUGGAGACGGGCUCUCAGAGAGAUGAGGCAGGCCUUUGGACCCCCACAUCUUCCCACGGUCUUCGUCCUCAAUCAGUUCCUUGCAGCGGUCAGUGCGAACCCCGACACCAUUCCAUGGGUUGAGUCGCUGCAGUUCGAGAGAGGUUCUCUGCCGGCAUCGAUACUAGAUGAAGCCUUCGCUGAUUUCCUGGAGUUUGAGGCAUGUCGACUUGGAAACCAACAGUCAGUCUUGAGCCACCUACAUACUGCCGUUUCUGAUGUUGAUCAAAUUGAAAGUUUUCCCAAGCAAUACUGUCCCUAUCACCAGCGUCACACAAAGCACCCUGUUGAGGAAUGUUUUCGAAACCCACAGAACACGAAGCGCAAGAGAAAAUGGAGGAGAAAGCAGGCGCGUCUGGCAGCAGCUCUUGAGGCCAAGAAAGAGAUCCAGCUAUGA